ACAUGGCAGGGAGCUGCUAUAAAGGGUACUGCCAGGCUGGCAGAAGAGGGAGCAGCCAGAGGUGCAAAGAUCCAGUUUCUGCCUCCGUCUGAUCCAACCACAGGCCGCCCUCUCAGCACCAUGGGGACGGGACGGAGACUCGGGGGAUUCACCAGCUUUCUCCUGCUCCUCUUUCUCCUUCCUUGGGACACCGCGGCAUCCGCCCCAGAACCACAGUAUUUGGUCCUGGUGCCCGUCCUGAUCCACACGGAGACCUCUGAGAAAAUCUGCGUCCAGCUGAGCCACCUGAACGAGUCGGUCACCCUGAGUGUCACACUAGAACAUGGAGCAGAGAACAGAAGCCUCAGAGAAGUGACGACAGAGAAAGAUGUUUUCGAGUGCGUCCCAUUCAAGAUUCCCAAAUGGACCAGUCCGGGCGCCACAAAGGUGUUUCUCACCGUGCUGGUGGAGGGGGCGACGUUGCAUUUUUGGAGCCGGAAAACAGUGCUGGUCAAGAACGUGGAAGGCCUGGUCUUUGUCCAGACGGACAAACCCAUCUACAAGCCCGGACAGGAAGUUCAGUUCCGCAUCGUUUGUCUGGAUGAAGAUUUCCAUCCCAUAAACGAGAAGAUUCCUUUGGUUUACAUCGAGGACCCCAAGAAAAACCGCCUGGCCCAGUGGCGAGACAUACAGCUCAACGUGGGGCUCAUCCAACUCUCCUUUCCUCUUGCUUCUGAGCCUGCCCAAGGCAACUACAAGGUGGUGGUACAGAAAGACUCCAGCGGUCUAUCUAUUGAACGUCGCUUUGAAGUGAAAGAAUACGUACCGCCUAGCUUUGAGGUUAUGGUGAAAGCGCCCAAGCGCCUGACAAUUAUGGAUGAUGAACUAGAAGUGUCUUGUUGCGGCCUAUACACCUAUGGGAAGCCUGUCCCUGGGCUGGUCAAUAUAAGCGUUUGCCGGCCAUAUAACUACAUUUAUGGAGCCCGCUGUUUCGGGAAAAAGGCAGGAGCUGUAUGUGAAGAGUUCAGUGGAACGGCGGACGCACACGGCUGCUUCUCUCGUUUGGUGAAAACGAAGGUGUUUCCGCUGCAGCGAAGCGAAUACCAGAUGAACCUCAAUGUGGAAUGCAAGAUUACAGAGGAAGGCACAGGGUUUGUACUUAAAGACAUCGCUUCCACUGACGUUACUUCGACUCUCAGUAUCAUCACCUUUCAAAGGAUGCAGCGCUACUAUAGGCGAGGGCUCCCCAUCACGGGGCAGUUGACAUUAAAGGAUGGUGUCAACAAGCCAAUCACCAAUGCAAGGGUUGAGGUCCGUGCAGGGUCCUUGAGCAAGUAUGUUGCCAUCACUGAUGACCACGGGCAAGCACAGUUUUCCAUCAACACGGAUAAGUUCAAGGAUGAUGCUGUUAAUAUCCAGGCAUUUUAUAAAUCAGAACAGUGGUGUGAUAAUUCUUGGAUCACUCCCCAGCAUAGCAUGGCAAAUCACACAGUAUAUCACUUUUACUCGCCAAGUGGAAGCUACCUCCAAAUUGAGUCUGUUCCUGGGACAUUAAGCUGUGAUCAAACCCAGCCAGUGCGAGUGCAUUAUGCCUUGAACCAAAAUGCCGUGAGAGGGGAGGAGGUGAUUUUUCACUACGUGCUGAUGGGGAAGGGGACACCUGUGCAUGCAGGGACCCACACUGAGCCGCUGGAACACGCUGAAGUUCUUCAGAGCCAGCAGCAAGAGGCAGCUGACACACCGGAACAUGAGAAUACAAAAGGGUCAGAGCAUCACACCAGCUCCCGCAUCAAAGGGGUGUUUUUGCUGAAUCUCCCGCUGGACGUCCAUUCUGCGCCUCUGGCCCGCUUGCUUGUCUACACCGUUCUGCCCAACGGAGAACUUGCGGCCAACUCGGCGGACUUCACUGUUGAGAACUGCUUCGCGAAUAAGGUGAAACUGGAGUUCGAGGAGCCCGCCAGCCUCCCCGCCAGCAACACGCACCUCCAUCUGUCCGUCUCCAAACCUUCCCUCUGUGCCGUCCAUGCUGUUGACAAGAUUGUCUCUCUCCUGAAGCCCGAAGCUGAGCUCUCUCCUAAGACCGUGUACAAUUUGCUCCCUGUGAAGGUGCUCAGAGGGUAUGACCACGAAGGCCACUCUUUGAUUGAAACAAAAAUUAAGCCCUGUGUACACAGAAAGGAGUUCAUCAAAAAUGGCACCCGUUUCGUUCCGGAGCCUAAUGAGGGCGACUCCUAUCAAGUCCUGCAGGACUUCGGCUUGAAAGUUUUUACCAGCACCAAGAUACACAAGCCUAACAUUUGCCAGGAACAUGAACCGUCUGGAGGAGUUUAUUAUGGAGACCGGAACGCUAAGGUGGGCAGUCAAAUGACAUCUGGAAUUACAGAGCAAAGACAACAUGCCCCACCUGUUGCUGAAGCAUUAAGCCAGAGCUCUGAUGGUCAUCCUGAUGUUGCUGUUGUAGCAGAGAAACCUAUCAGGACGCUUUUCCCUGAGACGUGGUUGUGGCUACUGCAUGAGGUGAAAGCCUCUGAGCAAAAGGGGGGCGAGUUCCAAGCACAGACCGAUAUCCCUGUGACCGUUCCGGACACCAUCACAGAAUGGAAAGCUGGCGCCUUCUGCCUGUCGGAGGAGGCGGGCUUCGGCCUGGCCCCGUCCACCUCCCUCAACGUCUUCCAGCCCUUCUUCAUCGAAGUCACCUUGCCCUACUCCGUGGUGCGGGGUGAGGUGGCAGUGAUGAAGGCCACCACCUUCAACUACCUGAACACCUGCCUCAGGGUCCAUGUAACUUUGGCUCCUUCAGACGAAUUUGACGCUUCCCCCGUGACGCCGGUGGAGGAGUCUUAUUGCCUGUGUGAGAACGAAAGGAAAAGCCUCUCCUGGAACGUGACCCCCAAAAUUCUGGGUGAGAUGAACAUCACUGUCAGCGCAGAGGCCGUGGAAUCGGACCAGCCCUGCGGGAAUGAAGUCGUGGUGGUGCCCAGCAAAGGGGCGAAGGACACCGUGAUCAAGACACUCUUGGUCGAGCCUGAAGGGAUCGAGAAGGGCGUGGCCAUCAACUCCAUGCUCUGUGCAGAUGAGACUUCACGUUCAACGGAUAUUUCUUUGAAGCUGCCAGAAAACGUUGUGGAAGGUUCAGCCAGGGCCACGCACUGUGUGUUGGGCGACAUGCUGGGUGGAGCCAUCCAGAACCUGCAGAACUUCAACAAAAUACCCUUUGGCUGUUGGGAGAACAUGGCCCUUUUUGCGCCCAACAUCUACAUCAUGGACUACCUGAAUAAGACUGGGCAGCUGACGGAACGCAUCCAAUCCACCAUCACCAGACACUUGUUGGCUGGCUACCAGAGGCAGCUUAACUGCAAACACUCAGACGGCUCCUACAGCACCUUUGGACCACAUCAUCUGGAGCCGGCGGGGAACACCCGGCUGACGGCGUUUGUGCUCAAGUCCUUCACUCAAGCCAAGAGGCUCAUCUUUAUCGAAGAGAGGCACAUCACGGAGGCCCUGGCCGCGUUGGCCAAGCAGCAGAAGGGAAACGGCUGCUUCCAGAGCACCGGAUUCCUCUGGCAAGUCUCCCUGAAGGGCGGGGAUUACGAUGACGUCCAGCUUUCUGCCUACAUCACCAUCGCUUUGCUGGAGAUGGGUCUGCCACUAACUCACUCUGUGGUACGCAAUGCCAUGUUAUGCUUGGAGACGGCAUCACAAGCAAAAGACGCAGACACUUACACCUGGGCCUUGAUGGCGUAUGCCUUCACCCUGGCAGGCAAAGAGGACAAGAGGCAGGAGGCGCUGCGCGUCCUUGAUGAACGAGCAGUGAGAGAAGAUGACGGCGGUUCCCUUCAUUGGAAGCAGCCUGAGGAUCUGGUGGAGCACGGCCGCACUCCACACUUUCCCACUGCUGCCCUCUCUCUGUGCGUUCUGCACUGCACUCCCUCUGUCGAAGUAGAGAUGACGGCCUACGUGCUCCUUGCUUACGUGGCCAGGAAGCCGGAACCGACCCAGGAGGAACUGACGAAGGCAAUGGAGAUUGUCAGCUGGCUCAGCAAGCAACAGAAUCCAAACGGGGGCUUCUCUUCGACCCAGGACACGGUGAUGGCGCUCCAGGCCUUCUCCAAGUAUGCAGCCCUGAUCCAUUCUAAGGGCUGGCUAGGUGCAGACGUGACCUUGAGCUCUGGAGACCAAAUCCUGCAGCAGUUCCACUUGGACAGCACCAACCGCCUGCUGCUUCAGUGCCAGGCGAUGCCCAACGUGCCCGGGGACUACACGGCAGCAGUGGCGAAAGGAGGUUGUGCCUUCUUGCGGACCACCUUGAAGUACAACGUCCAGCUGCACCACAAGGUUGCACCAUUCAAGUUGGAUGUGCACACGGUUCCCGAGACCUGCACAGGAGCCAAAGCUGAAAGGAUGUUUCAGAUUGCAAUCAACGUCAGUUACACCGGCAAGCGCCACGUCUCCAACAUGGCGAUCGUAGACGUUAAGAUGCUCUCAGGACACUUCCCGGUGAAGUCAUCUGUAAAGAAGCUGGAACACCAAACUAACAACGAGUUUACCCAAGAGACCCCUGGACAGUUCGUGGGGCAUUUUGAUCUGCAGGACCAUCACAUCAAGCGGACCGAAGUGACCCCUGGACAUGUCCUGCUGUAUUUGGAUCAGGUGACCAAUAAGACCCAGAGUUUCUCCUUCACAGUGGAGCGAGACGUGGCUGUCCAGGGCCUGAAGGCUGCCGUAGUGAAGAUCUAUGAUUACUACGAAACAGAUGAAUAUGCCAUCGACACGUACAGCGCCCCCUGCAGUACAGGUGCAACUAAACACGUGAAGGCAUGAAGCAUGAAGUCACGUCCAUCACCCCCCCCGCUAGAUCCUGUUGGCAUCUUCCUACCACCGGCCAAUGUCAAGACAGAGUUCAGCAGGGAGAACAACGCAGAGACAGAAUACCUGUUUUUCAGACACUGUCAAAAAUAAAAUAAAAAUAAAGAUCUGUCCCAUUUUGUUUCCUACCAAA